GCAGGGUGUGGGUGGUCAUGGGGAAAAACAGGGUGUCUGAGGAGGCCAGAUCAGAAGCAGGCAUGUACCUUGAUGUGACUCUGAGCUACCUGUGGGUCCAAACCAUGAACUACGUUGGACAGUUAGCAGGGCAAGUGUUUGUAACCGUGAAGGAGCUCUACAAGGGACUAAACCCAGCCACGCUGUCGGGAUGUAUUGAUGUAAUUGUUGUACGUCAGCCGGAUGGAAAUCUUCAGUGUUCUCCUUUCCACGUCCGCUUUGGGAAAAUGGGAGUUCUGCGUUCCAGGGAGAAAGUGGUUGACAUAGAAAUUAAUGGAGAGGCUGUAGAUUUGCACAUGAAACUAGGAGACAAUGGAGAAGCCUUUUUUGUGCAGGAGAUGGAUAACGAUCAGGAAGUAAUUCCUUAUCAUCUCUCUACGUCCCCCAUUCUGUCUGAGGGAACUGUGUUAAUGGAAGCUCAGCUGAAGAGGAACUCAAUUGACAGGAUAAGAAACCUGGACAACAGUGUAUCCUCACAAGUACCACCCCAAGCUCAUGGAUCCCAGCCUGGUAAUGAAACAUCUCCAGUCUGUAGCUCUGUGAAAAAGAGAAGGAAAAAGAGGAGGAAGUCUACCCACAAAUUAGACAGCUUAAAAAGAGAAGACAUUGGAGACACAUCAGAAGAUGAAGACAUGUUUCCUAUAGAGAUUAGCUCAGAGGAAGAAAAGGAACCAUUGGACAAUUCAAGGAUUCUUGUUCCGGAUGUGUUUGUUGAUGAUGUAUCUGAUAUAAAGGCACCUGCUGUGUCUACUUAUUCUCAGUCCUCAUCAUACCCUCGUUCGGAUGGGGAAUGGUCACCUAUUCAAAGUCCGUCAGGCUCACGUCCUCCUACUCCUCAAAGUGAUUCAGAAUUAGUCAGUAAAUCUACAGACAGGAGUGGACUAAAGAAUCCACACAUGCACUGGGCCUGGGGAGAGCUACCACAGGCUACGAAGGCGAGUUCUUUGAUCAAAGCUAAGGAACCCAACACGAUAGAUGUAGAUCCUUCUGAAAGCACUCACUUUCGGGUCAUCCAGAGUGCUCCUAUAGAGGAGUUUAACGGUGUGUCUCCUCUACCUGCCCUUGGACAGACAGAUGCAGCAACUGCUGAUGAAACUGAGCCUUUGCCAGCUGAGACAAAUAAGCCAGAGACAGAAUCUGCAGGAGCAGCUGUACUAUCGUUGCCUGCCAAUGAGGAUAUAAAACAAGCUGCAGCUUGCUCAGCUCAGGCAGUUGGCAAGACGGAUUCUCCUUCCAGAAAGAAAGACAAACGAAGCCGGCAUCUUGGUGCUGACGGUGUCUAUUUAGAUGACCUUACUGACAUGGAUCCAGAAGUUGCUGCGCUUUACUUCCCCAAAAAUGGAGAUAACAUACAAAACAGAAACGCAAAUGACACAGGGCCACGGUCUGCCACCCAUUCUCCACAGUCUUUUGGGAGCUCAGGUGCUGACAGUGGUGUUGAAAGCACCUCAGAUGGAACCAGAGAUUUGCCCUCCAUUGCCAUUUCUCUCUGUGGAGGCCUCACGGACAACAAAGAGAUAACCAAAGAAGAAUUCUUAGAACAUGCAGUAACAUAUCAGCAGUUUGUGGACAAUCCUGCUAUCAUUGAUGACCCCAACCUUGUGGUUAAGAUUGGAAAUAAGUACUACAACUGGACAACAGCUGGUCCCCUUCUGCUGGCAAUGCAGGCAUUCCAGAAACCUUUGCCAAAGUAUUCAUGUUUAAGUUACUUCAGAGCAGUGCUGGAUACCAUUAGAUUUUGCUUUAGUAGAAUUUAUGGUCCGCAGACAGCCACUGUGGAAUCUAUAAUGAGAGACAAGAUGCCCAAAAAAGGUGGAAGAUGGUGGUUUUCCUGGAGAGGGAGAAACAGCACUAUUAAAGAGGAAACAAAGGCAGAACAAGGUAUGAGUGGGAGUAGACUUAAAGGAGAAGACUCUUCACAGAUGAGCAUGGCAAACAGAAUAAAAGAUGAAUCUUCUUCGAGCGAUGAAGACCCUAGAGCUGCCAAACAAAACCUUGGGUCAUUACAAGCCAACUCGAGUCAUCUCUCAUUAUUGUCUGGAAUCAGUUACAAAAAAACACUUCGACUAACUUCUGACCAGCUUAAAAGCUUAAAGCUGAAGAAUGGUCCCAAUGAUGUGACCUUUAGUGUUACAACACAAUAUCAAGGUACUUGCCGCUGUGAAGGCACCAUUUACCUAUGGAAUUGGGAUGACAAGGUUAUAAUUUCUGACAUAGAUGGAACCAUUACACGGUCAGAUACUUUAGGUCAUAUUUUACCUACUCUUGGCAAAGAUUGGACACACCAAGGGAUUGCAAAGUUGUACCAUAAAGUGAGCCAAAAUGGAUAUAAAUUUUUGUAUUGCUCAGCACGUGCUAUUGGAAUGGCAGACAUGACCAGAGGAUACUUGCACUGGGUCAAUGAACGUGGAACUGUGCUGCCACAGGGGCCAGUGUUGCUGAGUCCAAGCAGCUUAUUCUCAGCUUUGCACAGGGAAGUGAUAGAGAAAAAGCCAGAAAAAUUCAAAGUUCAGUGUUUGACAGACAUAAAAAACUUGUUUUAUCCCAACACAGAACCCUUUUAUGCUGCUUUUGGAAACAGACCCGCUGAUGUUUACUCAUACAAACAAGUGGGUGUUUCUUUAAACCGAAUAUUUACAGUCAACCCCAAAGGAGAACUUAUACAAGAACAUGCAAAGACAAACAUCUCAUCCUAUGUCAGACUGUGUGAAGUAGUAGACCAUAUUUUCCCUUUGCUGAAAAGAAGACAUUCUUCAGAUUUCCCUUGUUCCGAUACCUACAGUCAGUUUACCUACUGGAGGGAACCUCUGCCACCUUUUGAAACUCAGGAUGUACAUCCAGACUCAUCUUAACUGCAUCUCCAAACUGUCAGCCUCAGAGCAAAGAAAGCGCUUGCUCACGUUGCAAGAACAUCAUUUGGCUUUUACUGUUGACAGUUCAGCUGGAAUCUGUGAUGUUGUUUUCAUUUGCUGUAAGCAAACUUAGAAAUGCUUCCUCAUACUUAGUCACACUUCCAGAUGACAAGAGUGAGCUGUACCAGGAAUGGGAGUUACAUUCCUCACUCUUCACUCAGCAACUCAAAUCAUGCCGUGCAGUUUCAUUACUUAAAUAAAAGUGCAGUGAUGAUAGAGUUGCGGUUAGAUCUGUCAUAAGAUCAUUUAGUGGUUCUGUAUCCUUUGUGUAUCACUGAAGUUGUCUUUCAUCUCAUCAGACACCACUGUCAGCUGGGGAGUUGGAGGCACUUGCCAGUCCUAACAUCAUUUUGUGAUACAUGUUGCAGUCCGUAUGCCAGAUUCCACCCUCUGAAAGGGCAAAUGAUUGAGCAGGGGGAUUGGAUCAGAUGGCUUCCAGAGGAACCUGAACUAAUUACUGAACUAGGUCCUCAGCUGUUGUGAACUGGUGUAGCCAUCAGUGCCAGUGGAGCUGUGUUCAUUUAUUCCAUCCUACUAUUUUGAUCUGAUAACACUUUUCUGUGUGGAAAUAAAUCAUGUGCAAUAUAAAUGGAAAGUAAAAUAAAUAAGAUGACCUGAUCCUGCUAGUCAUCUUACUGAGAAGUAGUGCACUUCAGGAAAAGCUAUUUGGAUUAAGAUAAGUGUGACGGUGUAAGAUGCAGGCUGCUGUGUGUAGUGCCCAUCUUACUGGAGUCUGUGGUUUGGCUUCAGUGAUUUUGUUUUUUCCUCAGUGAAGACGUCUUGCUCAGCAUAUGUGCUGAGUUUCAAGACAUUGCUGAGCCAAGAGAACUGAGGAUUUUGUCAAAAUGGAAUAGUUGUAUUUGAAACAUUAUUUUUGGAUAAAUGUGAACUUUGAUGCUGGUGAGUGAUGCCUCUCAGGUUUUUACUGUAUGGAUUUUUUUUGUUUUUGUAUCAUAAAGAAUGGAUACUUUAGUGCCAUUUACUUUCUCCAAGAGACUGAAAUCUCCUCUUCCAUAUUUUUUUCCACUCAUUUGUUCAGACACAAUCUGUAUGUACUGUUUUUGCUACUUGCUCUUAUCUGCCUUAAGAUUUAACUAUGUGUGAUAGAAGCAAUACUGCAGAUCAGUUGGUAGUGUUUUCCAAAUGAUCUGCCUUUAUACAAUGUGGUACUUUGCUUUAAAAUGUACGCAUCAAAUAAUGACCAUAUGCCAAAUACUUCUUAAAUUGAACUUGUAGCUAAGAAAGUGAUGUUUUUCUCCUCUUUUUAAAGUACAAUUAAAAAUCUAAUUGUUCUCUGAAACACUAAAAAUGACAUCAUGGGAUUCUGUGUAUGUAGGAUUUCAGUGUGGCUGAAACAGUGGUUUGCAAGCUGUGGUCUCUGCCGGCUUGUGAUCUGUGAAGCUGUGAUGCACGUUUUGCAGCUAUUUUGCAGUGUUUUCAAUUAAGAGUUUAGGCAGAAUGGUCCAGGAGAAAUUUUAAGAUGUGUUUGUGGUUGAUUAGCACCCAAAGGUUUGGGAACAGCUGUUCUGUAUCACAUUUGUUCUCUUUCAACAAAUUCUGCUUUUGCAUGUCAAAAGAGUGAUAACAAUAUAGUUAGGAUGGUAAUUCUAUAAAUGGGGCUUUCUGACUUUUAGUGCUGCAGACUUUAUCUGAGAUGUCAGGGGGCCAAUUUACCAUUUUCCUGUGCCUUCAAUAGUAAUUACUAAGCACAGCCCUUUGCACAGCUGCAGUGUGCACAGCUGCAGUUGUGCAGUGGUGAGCCCUCCGUCUUCCUUUUUGCAUGAACGUUGCUGGUUCGGAGUACAUCCACUUUGGAGAUACUGGAAUUAAUAGACAAACACAAAGAGGAAGAAAUGUGUGUUCAGUAACCCAGACUGAUUAUGCUCUCCUUGCAAAUUUAAUGAAAAUGCAAAUUGACUGUCAGAAAGCCUGUAUCACAUUUCUCAAACCUUUAAGACAAUCAGUGAGGAUCUCAGGUUACCAAGCUGAAAUGGUUGCAUCUCUAAAUAUAGCCACAGUUUCUUUCAAGUAUCUGUUUAUAGUUGUCACUAAUGAUUGAAUUAAUGGAUGAAUACACUGAUUCCUAUUUAAUUCAGUUUUGGCAAUGGUCUGUUUCAAUCCAUUUGUGAUGCAAAAUUAAACCAACCCUUCUUUUCGGUCAGAAGCUGUCAAUUUUUUUAUUCUUCAUUUGCACACAGCAACUUCUGCCAUAAGAAAAAUUCCAAGAGAUAUCUGCAACUGAAGCCUGUGUGGUUUUUAUUUAUGACUUAAACAAUCCCAGAUAACAAUCCCUAUUUUUCUAUUUCAUCGGAGUGUAUUUCAACCCAAAUAGUGUGAACAGUGGUUUGUUUUAAUUCUGUCACUUUCAUAGGCAUAGAGCCACCCUGGUACAGGUAGGUCUGAGAUGCUGUGAAAUCCCCACCUGGAGGUUUUUUUUUUUUUUUUUUGGACUUGGUUAAGAGGGCUGGGUCUGACUUGGUCUCAUAUUGCCAAACAUCUGCUGCAAGCAUGAAGUUGGACUACAUGACCUCCAGGGGUCCCUUCUGACCAACAUUUCUAUGGUUCUGUGACAUUAACGCCUCAUGUAUGACAAAUGGUAUAUCCCCCUUUGUAUCUGAAAGUUUAAAUAUAGCUGAAGAGGAAAACAAAUGUGUUUAUAUUAUAACUUGUGCUUAUCAAAAUUGCUGACUAAAAAGAUAGUUAAGAAAAUCCAAGUUUUGGCCUGUUAGAAACAUUGUUAAACUUUUGAAGAGAGAAUAAGAUAUCUUGGUUUGGUAGCCGAGCAAUUUUAUGCGCAAUAUUUGAACUGCUUUAUUAAUUCAUACGGAAGAAAAAAAAAAAAAAAGCAUGGUUUAACAAAUUCCUACUCUUUCUGUGAAAGAAAAAAUCAACUUUCAGUGUAGUGCUGGUUUCUGUUACAGAAAGAAUAUUUGGUGAACGUAAAUAUGCAGGCACGUGAAAUCGCUGCACGUUCUAUUUAUACAAUACACACAAACCAGAAUGUGCAGCAGUGAGGAGUGACUGAUGUUUGUUUUUCAUGGAGCUGAUGACCAUACUGCUCCAGCUGUGUCAUUUGAGUGACAGAAUACCACGCUUGGUGUAUUAGUUGUGUUAAGGUUAAAAUGUUACUGCUGUAAUAUAGGGUGAGAGGAAGAGGGUACUGGGUAUUUUUAUUUGUAGAUAUGGGUUAUUAUUUCACAGCCUAUUUAUAUACAGUAUUUACUCUGUGUAUGUAUGUGCUACUGCAAUGAUGAAAAUCGUUUUAACGCCUCAUUUUGAUCUGAAUGCAACAUAUAUUACAACAUAUAUUGUAAUAAAGGCAAAUAUAAAAAUUCUGA